AUGAGGAAGCAAUUAGAUCCACGUAUACCGGCUUUGAUCAAUAAUGGGGUCAAAUCGAAUCAUAGGAGCUUCUUCGUCAUGGUAGGAGAUAGAGGAAGGGAUCAAGUGGUUAAUCUGCAUUUCCUUCUUUCUCAAGCGAGAGUAUCUUCCAGACCCAACGUAUUAUGGUGUUACAAGAAAGAUCUAGGCUUCACCACCCACAGAAAGAAGAGAGAAGCGAAAAUCAAGAGAGAUGUCAAGAGAGGAAUCAGAGAAGCGAACGAACAAGAUCCAUUCGAAUUAUUCGUCGCUGUAACGGAUAUAAGAUAUACAUAUUAUAAAGAUAGUGCUAAGAUAUUAGGUCAAACUUUUGGAAUGUUGGUUUUACAAGAUUAUGAAGCUAUAACACCUAAUUUAUUAGCAAGAACGAUAGAGACUGUUGAAGGUGGUGGUAUUGUCGUUUUAUUGUUGAAAACAAUGAACAGUUUGAAACAAUUAUAUGCUAUGGCCAUGGACGUUCACUCAAGAUACAGAACAGAUGCACAUCAAUUCGUUCAACCUAGAUUCAAUGAACGAUUCAUUCUGUCGCUAGGAUCGUGUUCAGAUUGCGUGGUAUUAGAUGAUGAGUUGAAUGUCUUACCGUUAUCGAAAGGAAAAGAUAUAACCCUAGGAACUGGUGAAGAUGAUGACAGGGGACGGAAGAGGAAAGCUGAGGAACUCAAGGAUAUGAAACAGAAUUUAGAAGGUGUGGACAUCGUCGGUUCAUUGGCUAAAUUAGCAAAAACCGUUGAUCAAGCAAAAGCACUCCUUACUUUCGUCGAAGCUAUCUCAGAAAAGACCCUAUCAUCCACUGUAGCUUUGACAGCUGCAAGAGGUAGAGGUAAAUCUGCUGCUUUGGGAUUAGCAAUUGGUGCAGCAUUAGCACACGAUUAUUCCAACAUUUUCGUGACUUCACCUGAUCCUGAAAAUCUUAAAACCCUUUUCGAAUUCGUUUUCAAAGCUUUAGAUGCGUUGGGAUACGAAGAACAUAUAGAUUACGAUAUAGUGCAAAGUACGAACCCAGAGUUCAAGAAAGCUAUCGUUAGAGUGAAUAUAUUCAGAGGACAUAGACAAACCAUACAGUAUAUCUCACCUGAGGACUCGCAUGUUCUUGGUCAAGCUGAGUUAGUCAUCAUCGACGAGGCAGCUGCUAUCCCGCUUCCCCUCGUUCGACAGCUCAUCGGUCCUUAUCUCGUUUUCAUGGCUUCUACCAUCAAUGGAUACGAAGGUACUGGACGAUCACUCUCCAUCAAGCUGAUACAGCAAUUGCGGGAACAAACUCGACCUUCGAUAAGUAAAGAUGCUGAAUCAUCAGCAGCAGUUUCAAGUAAUGCUAGUACAUCGAAAGCAUCAGCAGCAGGUCGAUCAGGAGCAGGUUUAGUGAGAUCAUUAAGGGAAAUCAAAUUGGAAGAACCUAUUCGAUACUCACCAGGAGAUCAAGUGGAAAAAUGGUUGAAUAACCUGUUAUGUCUCGACGCUACAGUCGUAUCAAAGAAUGUUCAAGGUUGUCCCCAUCCAUCAAAAUGUGAACUAUAUUACGUCAAUCGAGAUACAUUGUUCUCAUAUCAUCCUGCAUCAGAAGUGUUCUUACAACGUAUGAUGGGUUUAUACGUUGCAAGUCAUUACAAAAAUUCUCCAAACGAUUUACAAAUGCUUUCAGACGCACCGGCACAUCACUUAUUUGUCUUGCUGCCGCCCAUAAAAGAAGAUGACAAUACCUUGCCUGAUCCUUUGGUGGUACUUCAAGUAGCGUUGGAAGGAAAUAUCAGUAGAGAUGUGAUCUUGAAAGAAUUGAGUCAAUCCGGUAUGAGGAGUUCGGGUGAUAUGAUACCUUGGUUGAUAUCGAUGCAGUUCCAAGAUAACGAUUUCGCAAUGUUGUCAGGAGCGAGAGUAGUGAGGAUCGCUACUCAUCCUGAUUACGCAAGGAUGGGUUACGGUUCUCGAGCGAUCGAAGCGUUGAACUCCUUCUAUAGUGGGGAGCUGUAUAACUUUGAUGAUGCACCUGCGGACAUGGGAGAGUCGUUUGAAGAUGCUGCCAAGGUCGGACCCAACGCAACAUUACAAAAUGAUACCGUUUCUAUCCGAGACGCUUCCCGAAUGCCACCAUUACUUCAACGACUAUCUGAACGUAAACCAGAACAACUCGAUUACUUGGGUGUAUCAUUUGGCCUUACACGUGAUUUGUUGAGAUUCUGGAAACGAGCAGGAUUCAUACCGCUUUACGCUAGUCAGAGGGAGAAUGCCUUAACUGGAGAAUAUACAUUUGUGAUGCUGAGAAGCUUGUUGAACAAUGUCGAAUCGACGGAAGGAUGGUUGACAGCUUUCGCUCAAGAUUUCAGACAGAGAUUCAUGAACCUUUUAUCAUAUUCAUCAUUCCAGAAAUUCGAAUCAUCGGUUGCUCUAUCAAUAAUAGAAGCAGCAUCGCCACGACUUCCAGCUGCGUUGAAUUCGCCUAAGAAAACAAUAACAGCAGAAGAAUUAAACGCACUCAUCUCCCCAUUCGAUAUGAAACGACUCGAAUCUUACUCCGAUAGUAUGUUGGAUUAUCACGUUGUCUUGGAUCUCGUACCUAUAUUAGCUAGUUUGUUCUUUGCAAAGAAAUUGGGUGACUGUACUUUAGCGGCUGCGCAACAAGCUAUUCUAUUGGCAUUGGGAUUACAAAGGAAAUCAGUUGAAGUUUUAGAGACCGAGCUAGGUUUGACAUCGACCCAAUCCUUAGCAUUAUUUGGUAAAAUAUUGAGAAAGUUAACGAAACAUCUACAGGAUAUUCAAAAAGAUUCAAUAGCUUCAACUAUCCCAAAUAAUCAACCUAAUGUCAACGGAAGUGGAAGUGGAAGUGGAAGUGGCAAAUUCCAAGCUUUGGAUAAAACGAUAGAGGAAGAAUUGAAAGAUUCAGUAUUAUCACCUUCUUCAAAUGGAAUUUCAGAUGAAGCCAAACAAGCUCAAAAAGAGAUAUUGGAUACGAUCAAUAUGGAACAAUAUGCUUUACCUCAAGAUGAAGGAGAUUGGACUGCAGCUCAAGAACAAGUCAAAAGAUUGGCCACAGCGGGUGAAGAUGGUAAACAAAGAUUGAGCACGACUAUGACUGUCAAAAUCAUUAAAAAUGAUCAACCGACACCUACGAAGAAAGAUGGCAAAGACGGAAAAGACGGAAAAAAGGAUGGGAAAGGGAAAAGAAGAGUGAGCGAAGGUGAUAAAGGUUCCAAAGGCAAAAAAAUGAGAGUGAAAGAAUAA